AUGGACCAUUUGAUCGCGCUCGUCACCGGCACCACCUCGGGGCUCGGUCAUGCGGCAGCUCGCGCUCUUGCUGGAGACGGCUGGCGCAAUAUCAUCGUCACCGGGCGCAGCCUGACUCGGGUCCAGGAAACGGCCGCUCAACUGGCGACAGAGGUCGGAAGACAGGUCUUCACGCCCCUGGAGCUGGAUCUUGACAAGCCGUCUAGUGUUCAGUCCGCCCUCACUGAGCUCAUCAAGCGAGGACAGUCCAUCGACUUCCUACUGCUCAAUGCAGGGUUGUUGCCAGGUAACAAGCGCGUGCUCACGACGGUCGGCGUCGAGUCUUCCCAGGCCCCGCUCAUCGGCCAUCAUCAACUGACUGUCGGCUUGCUCCGAGCCAACCUGCUGAGCCCCAACGCACGGAUUGUUAUCUCCGGCGCGGAACCUGCCCGAGGGGACGUGGCCAUGUUCAGCUUCACAGAUGUGGCGGACUUCGCGGCCAAGCACCACCAAGGCGACCGAACCACCGCUGUUGAAGCCCUGCUCCGCAAUGGGCCCAACGUGAAGUACGUGCCCAACCGGGCGUAUACUGACGCGAAGCUCAUCAUCACCUGGUGGGUUGCGGCGCUGGCACGCCGGCUACCCUCCGAUAUGGCCGUAUACGCCGUGGCGCCCGGUAGCGCACCGGAUACUAAGGCGCCACGCAACGCUGGCCUGGCUGUGAAGUGGGUGGCAAUUCCACUACUGAAGAUCAUCCCCGGCAUGACGAUGACUCCUGAGACCGCCGCCCGUCGGUACCUCCAGGCAUCGGAGUUCGGAACCGACGUCUCAGGGCAAUUUUUCGCCUCGGCUCCCAAGAAGCUUACCGGCCCAAUCGAGGCGAUGCGCCACCCACACUUUCACGAUCGUGCCAACCAGGAAGCAACGUGGCAGGCCGUCGUCAAGGUCUCCGGCGUCGACGUUCUUAAUAACCAACGUCCACACUGA